UUCAAUGAACCAAACUUACUCAAAUUAAUGGAUCAAGACCAAACCAAAAACCCAACUCCAAUUCAAGGAGACAUACUUGAAUCAAUCCUUUCCUUAAUCCCACUUAUAAACCUAACCCAAGCUUUACAUGUUUCAAAAGAAUGGAGAAUUGCAGUUUCAUCUUCUCUCCUUCUAAAUCCCCCAAAACCAUGGUUCUUCAUUCACUACCAAAAUAUCCGAUACCCUUAUGCCAUUUCCACUUCUGCAUAUGAUUCAAGGUCCAAAGACUGGAUACAGAUUGACAGGUCGGCUAUGGCUUGUGUCUCUGCUCUUAGAUCAUCUCAUUCUAGUCUACUUUACAUGAUGUCUCCAGCUGGUCUUUCUUUUUCUUCGGACCCAUUUCAUCUUAAGUGGGUUCAUGCUGAUGCUGGACCACUUGUGUGGAGGUCUGACCCAAUUGUUGCACUUGUUGCUGGGAAAGUUAUUGUUGCUGGUGGUGGGUGUGAUUUUGAAGAUGAUCCUUUGGCUGUUGAGAUAUAUGAUUCUUCAACAGGUUUAAUGGAGUUGAGCGAACCGAUGCCGGCUACACUCAAGGACUCCGCCGCCUCCACGUGGCUAUCCGUCGCAACCGAUGGCCACAUUUUGUACGUAAUGGAGAAAUACACUGGUAUGAUGCACACAUUCAAUCCCGAAUCCGAUAUUUGGUCUAGACCACACGAUAUCUCCACCUAUCAUAACGGUUUCAAUUCAAAUAUCACAUUUUCAAAUGGUCGUCUAAUCUUAAUCGUACUAAUUGGUGAUAUGGAAAAUGCAAUUAGUUUGAAACUUUGGUCCGUUAACACAAAAAACUUCGAGAAAGAAGAAAUUGGAGAAAUGCCUAGUGAAAUGUUUGAUAAGAUGAAGAUUGAAAGUUUUCAAAUAACUUCGAUUAAUGUAUAUUCGGCGGGGAAUUGGAUUUAUAUAUAUAAUUCAUCCGAGUUGGGAGAUUUGUAUGUUUGCGAGAUUGUAAAUGGCGGAUUUAGAUGGACGGUGGAGAAAGUUCCGGUUAAAAAUGGCCGGUGGAAGGCGAUGGCGAUUACUUGCUCGGAGGUGGGGAUAUAUGAUGUGGAUGAGGCUGUGAAAGAGGAGAAUUGGAAAUAUGUUACCAUUAAAUGUGGAUGACUUAAAUGGAUUAUAAUGAGAAAAAAAAAACAUUUGUACUCUUCUUGGUUAUCUUAUUUUUGUAAAUAUCUUUAUUAAUAAGUUUGCAAAAAAAAUCCUUUAAAAUAUUUUUUUAUUUUUAUUAAAGUUUCACUU